CUCGAGCCCCUCCACCCCACGGUGGGCGGGGCUAACCCGGUCCUGCUCAUUUGAUUCGCCCGACAGACCCCUGGCUCUGCUUCCUGUGUGGCGGUAAUGCUCCAAUAAGCUGCUUUAAGCCAACCACCAACACCAAAGAAGAAGAAAAGGCAGAAGCAGCCUCUUCUAGCGAGGAAGCUAUCUGCUUCUAUGUGUGUGCUGUUGUCACAAGGUUGAGAAGUCCGCCAAACUAACCUGAGAUCACGUCGUAGUCUUCUCGAUCUGAAGUCCACGGUAGGCUUCAUAAGACCGAACGGCCGAAUGGCGACAUCCAGCAGUUCCUGUGUUGUGAUCAGUGAUGAGGAGCAGGGGUACGACCUGGACCUUUUCUGCAUACCAAAACACUAUGCUGCAGACCUGGAGAGGGUCUACAUACCCCAUGGACUCAUCUUGGACAGGACAGAGAGACUGGCCAGAGAGAUCAUGAAGGAAAUGGGAGGGCACCACAUUGUGGCCCUCUGUGUGCUCAAAGGGGGGUACAAGUUCUUUGCAGACCUACUGGACUACAUCAAGGCUCUGAACAGGAACAGUGACCGCUCCAUCCCAAUGACAGUGGACUUCAUUCGUCUCAAGAGCUACUAUAAUGACCAGUCGACAGGUGAAAUCAAAGUUAUUGGUGGAGAUGACUUGUCUACAUUGACGGGAAAGAAUGUCUUGAUCGUGGAGGAUAUAAUUGACACAGGGAAGACGAUGAAGACAUUACUGCAGCUCCUCAAACAGUACAAUCCCAAAAUGGUUAAAGUAGCAAGUUUGUUGGUGAAAAGAACACCAAGAAGUGUGGGCUACCGACCAGACUUUGUGGGAUUUGAGGUCCCCGACAAAUUUGUGGUGGGAUACGCGCUAGACUACAACGAGUACUUCAGAGAUCUAAAUCAUAUCUGCGUCAUUAGUGAAACAGGGAAGGAGAAGUACAAGGCAUGAAGAACUUCAUAAGAAUUUUUAAUGUAUGGUUAUACCUUUUCCUUUUGCGGAUCAUUUUAUAUUUUAUUACUUCAUGUUUGUGUCAUAA